AUGCAAGGGCGUCCGCGUCGGCAAAGUUUCGUGCAGGACGUCAAGGAAGGCGACCGCGUCGGCGUCGGCGCCCAGAUCUGGUCGUGCCUCAAGUGCCCGCAGUGCAAGUCCCAGAACGAGAACUACUGCCCGCACAUGGUCGACACAUACAACUCAAAGUACGAGGACGGCAGCGACGCGCAUGGCGGGUUCGCCUCGCACAUCCGCGCACACUGGUACUUUGUCUUCCGCAUCCCCGACGCCCUCGACUCGGCCGACGCAGCACCGCUGCUAUGCGCCGGGUUGACGACGUACUCCCCACUCGUACGCGCCGGUAUCAAGUCCGGCAGCAAAGUCGCCGUCAUCGGCAUUGGCGGCCUCGGCCACCUGGGGCUGCAGUGGGCUAAGGCGUUGGGUGCGGAAGUGUACGCGCUGACGCAUUCGCCCAGCAAGGAGAAGGAUGCCAAAGCACUGGGGGCCGCGGGCGUCAUCGAUACAAACGAGGACGGCUGGGCCGACAAACGGGCUUUCCAGUUUGACUUUGUCCUCAACUGCACUGAUGCUGCCGACAAGUUUGAUCUGCCGACGUAUCUGAGCAUCCUCAAUAUUGGCGGCGAGUUCCACAUGGUCGGCCUGGGUGAUAAGUCGUUGCCGCAGAUGCCGCCCAGCGCUUUUGCAAGCAAUGCUGCCAAGCUGACAGGCAGCCAUAUCGGCAACAGGCAGGAGAUGCAGGCCAUGUUGAAGCUGGCUGGCGACAAGAACAUUACGCCCAUGGUGGAGAAGCUUCCUCUGGGCGAGAAGGGGCUCAAGGAGGCUGUUGAGAGGGUUCAGGAGAACAAGGUUCGGUACAGGUUUACCAUGACCGACUUUGACAAGGCCUUCAAGGCUUGA